AUGUUUCCUAUCGCAGUUUUCAUUUAUUUUGAGGGCUCAAUUUGUGGAUAUUUGUCUUCAACGAAUAUUGCGCCGUUGGGAACCGAUGAGCGGCAACUUUUACAGUUUAUCGAGGCGUAUACAGCCGAAACAAUUACGAUUGAGCCGAUUCUAAAGCCGUUUCUGCUGGAUUACAUACCAGCCGUUGGGGAUAUCGACGCAUUCAUUAAGAUACCUCGACCUGAUGAGGUAGAAGAUAAUUUGGGUCUGACUGUUCUCGAUGAGCCAUCGGCCAAACAGAGUGAUCCAACAAUCCUGGGAAUGCAACUGAGGAAUGAUGCUAAAGACGUGAUAACAACGGAUGCACCGGUCAAGAAACUCGAUCGUGCUGACAAAAACACUCGUGAAAUUGAACAAUGGGUCACCAAUAUUAAGGUGAUACCUGCGAAUAAUGAAUUUUUCACCAACAAACUUGUUAAAUUUCAUAUCAAAAUCAUAGCUUUCAUUCUUGACAUGAGAGAUAUUAGAAAAAUGAUAUUGCUCACUAAUUUUAAAUAA